UGGUUAAUCAUCACCACAACUCUCCUUCUUUUAAUCUUCCCAUCUCUCAGACUUUGUCAUAAUUCCUGAAAGAGAGCUGUGACCAUAAUGGCCACCAAGCAUUCACUCAAGUCUCUCUUUCACCGAAGUUCAGAGAGUGAUCACAACCCGUUAAACAUGUCCGAUGAGCAGAUACUGGAGCAAAUUUACUCAACCCAUGUCCACAGUCACACCAAGUUCGAUGUCGACUCUCUUUUCGUUCUUGUCGAGAACACCCUUAGGCGUUCAACUCUCAUUGUUGACAACGUUGUUCAGGGAUCCAAAUCAAGCCUGGAGCAGCUAGAAGACAAGAUCCCCCAAGCCAACUUCAAUUCACCACUCUGCACCCUCAAGCAAAUUUCUUCCGAGAUGUCAUGCAAGCCUGCCGGAGAGGAAAUUGCUCACAAAACUACAAUGGCGAUACUUGUGAAGCUUGCAAACUAUGAGUGGGAUGCAAAAGCGGUGCUCACACUGGCAGCUUUUGCAAUGGAAUAUGGCGAGUUCUGGUUGCUAGCUCAGCAUCAACCAACAGACCCUAUUGCAAAAUCUGUGGCUUUUCUCAGGAGAGUCCCGGAGCUCACAAGACCUGCAGCACUGCAAAAGCAUCGCCAAGCCAUUAUAGAGCUCAACAAUCUGGUGAAGACAACGCUGCUAGUGAUUGAGCUAAUCUUUGAGUUGGAGAAACUUACAACGUUCGACACAAAGGAUGUGCCUGCUUUGUUGCCCGCAAUAGAACAAAUUCCUGUUGAUGUCUACUGGGCCAUCAUCACCAUCGUGGCUAUUGAGACUCAGAUUGAUUACCUCACUACCGAAACAGGGAACAAGCAGGAUCUCUCCCACUAUGGUCAAAAGAUCAACAUCAUACUCAGCAAACUUAGGAAGCAAAUCAUGCUUUGCAGACAACAGAUUGAGGAGGCAGAGUAUCAUCACAGGCUCAGGAAAUUUUUUCAGACGCCUACUGAAAUAAUGGAGGUGUUUAAGUUUCUGGUUUUUUCGAAGGAUGCCCCACACCAACUGUUUGAUGGUGCCACAAAGACCACGGUUGAAAUAACUGAGCUGAAGAAGAAGAAUGUGUACUUGUUGAUCUCCACUCUAGAGAUCACGGAUGAAGAGAUUUCAGUACUACGACCAGUGUAUGAAUAUAUUAAAACAAAUGAUCAAUAUAAGAUUGUGUGGAUUCCCAUCGUAGAGGAAUGGACCGAAAAGUUACACAAGAGAUUUGAGGUUUUGAAAAGCAAGAUGCCGUGGUACGUGGUGCAGCACUUCGGAGUAAUAGCAGGGUACAAGUACAUUAAGGAGGAAUGGCACUUCAAAAAGAAACCUAUGGUUGUGGUGUUGAAUCCUCAGGGAAAAGUGCAACAUGCAAACGCUUUCCAUCUCAUUCAUGUUUAUGGAAUGAAGGCCUUUCCCUUUACUAUUGCUGAUCAAGAGAGAAUUGAUAGAGAAAUUCACUGGAUUGGUUCGGUGGUAGGGGAUACUCACCCUCACGUAAGCACCUGGAUCAGAGAGCAGAAGUACAUUCUCAUAUACGGAGGAAGCGACAAAGAAUGGAUCCAACAGUUCACAAAAUACGCAACUAACUUUGCAAAUGACGGCGCUCUAAAGGAGGCAAAUAUUCAAAUAGAGUUGUUCUGUGUGGAAAAGGAAGAUAAAAACUUUCUGAGGAGGUUUUGGAGUGGCAUAGAGAGCUUGUUUGUGACGAAGGCUCACAACACAGUCGAUGCAGUGACUCAAGAAGUGCAAAGGAUGCUUUCUUACAAGAAUGAAACUGGGUGGGCUGUCCUCUGCAAAGGGUCAUCUGUGCUGAUGAGUGGUCAUGGAAGCACAGUGUUGAAGACAGUGUCUGAGUUUGACAAAUGGAAAGAGGCUAUGCUGAAAAAAGGGUUUGAGCCUUCCUUCAAAGAGCACCAUGAAAGGAUUGUGCGCACCACACAUCGCUGCGUGCACCUUGAAAUUCCUAAUAUUGCAGGAAAGAUGCCAGAGACCAUAAAAUGUCCCGAGUGUGGCAGGACAAUGGAGAUUUUCAUCAGCUAUAAAUGCUGCCACACUGAUUCUACUUCAAUUGCCAUACACUAGAAUUCAACGCCAACUGCUUCUUUUAUGUUAUGAAUGAGACAGUGUAGUCUUCGGUUAUGGGACUAAGUUUUUCUGCUCAAAUAAAUUUUUCUUUCAAUAGAAGGACUUCUGUGUGACCUUAAAAAUAAGGUGUGUAAUUCGGUACUCUUAAUCUUCAAUAGUUUUACAAUGACAGGGUGAUUCCUUUGCAUU